CCAGUCUGUGAAACGCCUGAAGACUUCUGCCAUCUAAUUCUGCUGCUAAAAUAUUAUUAUUUUUUCUUUAUAUGAAUAUAAUUCUACAUAAAUGAAGACAAAAUUUAUUAAACUGUUUUUUAUGACCUCGUUUCGAGUUUUUAACAAAUUCGAGCCUGGUCUAAAUCGGCCGAAAGUGAAACUGAAAGUUAGCCACGAAGCAGUUAGCGACAAGCUAGUGAGCUAGCAGUGACCUGUCCUGUGGAAACAAGAGGAGGCGGAAUAAAGGAUCAGUGUUUUGAAGCUGAACCAUCCUCCAGAGGAAAAUGAAAGAAGUSAUAAUCUACGGAUUAUUCAUCCUCUUCCUGGAUGUGCUUCUGUGUUCGGCUCGGUGGGCCGGGCUGCUGCUGCUGGGCUGCUCCAGCUGUGGUGGUCUUACAGAACUGUGGCUCUUCGGACUGAUGAAGGGGGUUUUCCUCCAUGUUUGCGCCUCUGCUCUGACAGACGGAAAGCUCCGGACUGUGCUGUGCAGGUUUUCAGCUCUCCUCUGCCUUCUCCCUCCUGUGUUUGAAACCGGACGGAUCCUUCAUGCGCCUCCAUCUGAGCCUGACUCAGGACCUUCCCCAAACCUCAGCUURCUCUUUCUGGGCGCAGCGUCCUCGUCACUGGCCUGUGGAAUUUGGGAAAAUUUGCUCAGCGGAGAUAAAAACAAGGAAAACGUCAAACUGGACACUAAACGAAUUCUCAUGAGGGUGCUGACGUAUUUCAAACCAGACUCGCUUUAUCUGAUCGCAGCUUUCAGUUUCCUCAUUUUAGGAGUUUUUUGUGAUACAUACAUCCCUUUGUGUCAGGGGAAAGUUAUUGAUAUUCUCAGUGGUCAAGAACUUCAAACUGGUUUUGGUUAUGCAGUCGGGCAGCUGGUGCUGAUUUCAAUUGGAAGUGCGCUGUUCUCUGGGAUGCGAGGAGGAAUCUUCAUGUGUUCACUGGCCAGACUGAACAAGAGGCUGAAGCAUCUGUUGUUUCACAGCCUCCUGCAGCAGGAGGUGCACUUCUUUGAGGAGAACAAUCCAGGAAAGCUUUCGUCCCGUCUGCACAGUGACGUUGACAGGAUGGGCCGCACCGUAGCGCUCAACGCCAACGCCACGGUCCGCAGCGCGGUUAAAACCAUCCUCAUGCUGAGAGUGAUGUUAGGUCUGUCGUGGGAGCUCACGCUGCUCACCUGCAUAGAAAUGCCUCUCCUGGCAGUGAUGCAGAAUAAAUACAUCAGCUUGUACAAGGAGCUGAAAGAACAGACUCAGGAAUGUCACGCUCAGAACAAAGACCUGGCCUCUCAGACGGUCAGCGGGAUUCGAACGGUCCGCAGCUUCCGCGCAGAGAAAGACGAACUGAGGAGGUAUGACGUGGCUCUGGACGAGCUGUGCGCCAUCAAGAGGCGUUCAGGGAUCUACAGCGCCGUCCAUCUGUUAAUACGAMGGAUGGUUUCUCUGGUUAUAAAGACGAUCAUGUUGAUUCAAGCUCGCAGUCUCAUCUCCUCCGGUCAGCUCAGCAUCGGGAGUCUGGUCUCUUUUUUCUUGUACCAGAAGCCCAUGUCAGUCAAUUUAAAAGAGAUUAUGUAUUGCUACGGAGAGACGGUGUCCACAGUUGGAGUCAUUUCCAAAGUGCUGAGUUAUCUCGACCGGACACCGAAGUGUCAGAAGGAGGGAGACCUGGCUCCUGAGAGCCUGGAGGGCAGAAUCGUUUUUCAGAACGUCACUUUUAGUUACCCUUCUUCAGACAAACCAGCGUUGAAGUCCGUGUCGUUGGAGCUGCAGCCGGGGAGGAUCACAGCUCUGGUGGGUCCCUCCGGCGGUGGAAAGACUUCCUGCGUCAGCCUCCUGAAGAGGCUUUAUGAGCCUCAGGAGGGUCAGAUCCUGCUGGAUGGAGCGCUGCUGCACCACUACAAACACAAAUACUUCCAUCAGAAGGUAGCGCUGGUUUCCCAGAAUCCUGAGCUGUUUUCUGGUUCUCUGAGGUCCAACAUUGAAUACGGUCUGAAGGACUGCACUAUUGAGAAGGUGGAAGAGGUUGCAAAGAAGAUCGGCGCUCAUGAUUUCAUAUCAGAAAUGGAGAACAAAUACGACACCGAUAUAGGCGAGCGUGGAGGCAAACUGUCAGAGGGACAGAAGCAGAGCGUCGCUGCAAUCCGAGCUCUGAUUCAAGACCCGCGGGUCAUCAUUCUGGACGAGGCUACGAGUAAACUGGACGUCGAUGCAGAGCAGGCGGUGCUGAGGGAGGUUCUGGCCCACGGGCGGACGGUUCUGGUGGUGGCCCAUCAGCUCAGGAUCGUGGAGAAGGCCGAUCACAUCGUCUUCCUGGAGGACGGGUCGGUCCAGGAGGAGGGAACUCACGAAGAGCUGAUAGAACGCAAAGGAAGAUACCAUCGUCUGAAGGAGGAGCUGUUCUCUGAAAACCCCUGAAGGUUUUCUGUUUGUAAAUAUUUAUCCCGACUGGAUUCUUUCCUCAACUUGUUCAGAUGUUUUUACUGCAGGUUGGUUUUGUACGAGCGCUUCAAAUUGAAGACAGGAACUCUGCUGACAUGAUGAGUUAGUGUUUUAACAAAGCUUUGUUUUUAAUGAAUUUUAAAUUCUACUUAAUGUGAGAUGUUUCUGAUUUUUUAUUUUUUCGCCAUCAGGAAUCUUUUGCCUACAURAAAGGAUAMAUUUAAAGCAAUAURUKUACAYACACUAAAACAAACUUUACUUUUUAUUUAAGUUGCAGAAAAUGAAGCAAAACAUCAAAUCAUUUUCCAAAAAAAGAAAGAAAUAUGAAUUUAUAUAUUCCCAAUAUGURCUCCUUAUUCAGAAACUGCCAGUCAGUUUUCUUAAGUGUUCUCCCAGCUCUGUCCACCUGCUGCUCCAACUGAUGCUGAGGAGCUUAGUUCUUGGCUCCACUCCUCCUGUCAGACUGUACUGGAUACUGUGGCUCCUUUAAAAACCAAACAGCCUAGAACUAAACCUAAACCAUGGUUUAACGAAAGGACUCGAGCUGUCAGACAAGAAUGUCGCAGAGCGGAACGGAAGUGGAGAAAAGACAAGCUGCAGGUGCACCUUCAGAUGUUUAGAGACUGCUGGCGUAAUUACCAGGACACAGUAAAAAUGUCCAAAAAKGAACACUUCUCUAWCGUAAUUCUGUCUCASMSMCAMMMCCSSYGUKYUCUYUAMUACUAUUGACUCUUUCCUUAACUCUCCUCACACUGCUGGUUUAGAAGCAUCUGUUCAGCUUUGUAAUAAUUUUAUGCAGUUUUKUAUUGAUAAGGUUACCUCCAUACARGCCUCCAUUUUACACCCAGACUCUGAYCCCUCUGUGUGUAAGCCCUGCUCUGUGGUUUUUAAUCAGUUUGAACCAGUGUCUCUGUCUCUGUUAGAGGAUAUGGUUGCCCAGAUUAAGCCCUCUGGUUCUCCAUGUGACACCCUUCCACCACAUUUUUUUAAAAUAAGUUUUCCCUUGUUUUAGGCACUUAGUUCUUGCCCUUUUUAACAGUAGUUUGUUAUCUGGUGUAGUUCCUGCUAAUUU